CCCUGCCUCGGGUGGCUGACAGGAGUGGUAACGGUGGAGAUACAAGAGCGUGGAUGAUGUCUGUCACAUGAAGUCACUGCCGGGCGGCUGGCGCUUUAAGCUGUACAGAAAAAUAGUGCCUUUGAAGUCCGGGUAUAACUUCUGUUAGCAUUCCUCCAUGGUUUAUGACUGCGCUGCGCUGUAGAGCAGAGUAGUGUGGACGGUAGUGUAGCGGGAGGAGCUAACAGCUAGCUUACGUUACUUAACCUGGUACCAGUUGGUUAAACAUCCGCUGAAGAAAUUAAAUAUCAAGAGUGGGAUAUCAAACCUUAAGAACCAUUCGAGCUGGUGUGAGCUUCGAGUGAUUGUCUUAUCAGCAGACAUGAGGUGGCCCAGUUCAACCAGAAAGUUGGCUAAAAUAUGAGGAAGACUUCAUUAUUUAGGCAGGAGUAUGAGUCAAGAGAGGAGAAAAUUCACAAGCAUAAGGAAGAAGGAAGAAUUGGAGAGAAGCUCUCACCUUUCUGUGGGACUUGCACCCCCUCCCUCCUUGUGAGUUGAAUGCAUGAGUUCUUGGUGAAUCUGUGGGGAUGGGAAGUGGAGUCCAGAAACGGCUGACCCCGCUGAUGAAAGGAGAGGUGCCGCCAACCACUUCCUCCAGCCAGUCGGAAGCAAGCCAUGAGGACAUCAAGCGCAGUCGAUCAGUCCUCAAUUCGCUUUUCUCUGGGGCUUUAGCCGGAGCUGUGGCCAAGACCGCCGUGGCCCCGUUGGACAGAACUAAAAUUAUCUUCCAAGUGUCCUCAGCAAGAUUCUCUGCCAAGGAAGCUUAUAAGCUGAUCUACCGCACCUACCUGAAAGAUGGUUUCCUCAGUUUGUGGAGGGGGAACUCUGCGACGAUGGUGCGAGUCAUCCCGUACGCUGCUAUCCAGUUCUGUGCACAUGAACAGUACAAAAGGCUGCUGGGGGGAUAUUGUGGCUUCCAGGGGAAGGCCCUCCCUCCGAUCCCCAGGUUGGUGGCUGGAUCUAUGGCUGGGAUCACAGCAACCAUGCUGACCUAUCCUCUGGACAUGGUGAGGGCCAGAAUGGCUGUCACUCCCAAGGAAAUGUACAGCAACAUUUUACAUGUUUUUGUGCGAAUCUCUCGAGAAGAGGGCUUGAAGACGUUAUAUCGAGGUUUCACUCCAACUAUCCUUGGUGUCGUACCCUAUGCUGGUCUCAGCUUCUUUACUUAUGAAACGCUUAAAAAGUUGCAUGCAGAGCACAGCGGACGCUUGCAGCCAUACUCCUACGAGCGUCUGACUUUUGGAGCCUGCGCCGGCCUGAUCGGCCAGUCGGCUUCCUACCCUCUGGAUGUGGUGAGGCGGCGUAUGCAGACCGCAGGGGUCACAGGUCACACGUACGGCACCAUCCUGGGUACCAUGAAAGAAAUCGUGUCCGAGGAGGGGGUUAUCCGAGGCCUGUACAAAGGUCUCAGCAUGAACUGGGUCAAAGGACCUGUAGCAGUGGGGAUCAGCUUCACCACCUUCGACCUUACACAGAUCCUCUUGAGGAAGCUGUAUCAUAAGGGAUAAACCCAGGAGCACCACAGACCCAGAAAGGACGCCGCUGAGAGCGGAGUGACCUGAUCCCAUGAGCUGCUGGACGUGAAACAGAACAGGAAACCGAGAGAAUGUUUAUCAGUGGAAAGAAACAAACGCACAAAGACUAACAGGUUCCCGAGGUUGAAACGUGAGGUGAACGUAGCAACUACAACCUGUUGUCAAGUGCAAUAUGAUCACUUUAUUGCGUGCUUAUAAAUUGUAAUGCUCCAGCCCUGUGGAGAGGAUUUCUGUGAAAGUUCAGAGGUGCGGACAUGGAGGUCUCACAUUGAGUUUAAGCUGUUAAACCAAAGGUAAUAAUCUGAGUUUGUUGCAGAUUAUAUGUUUGCAUGUUUAAAAAAAGAGUUGAGUUUUUCCCCACCACUGCAUUUCAUGGCAUUAGCCACAGCAAUUUGAUCAAAAGUUGAAUUCAACUUCACCCACAAGUAAUUAAAUAGCACACAAGCUGUUUUAUCACAGUGCCAAGACAGUUGAGUAUUAAGUGUCCAUGUUAUCUAUGUUGAUUUCAGUGUAAACAUGUUAGCUUUUAAAAAAUAAAAUAAAAAAAGUGCAGAUUUUGUGCCCCCUGGCAUGUGGUUGUUGAGGAAUGAAUCAUUCUGAUCUUUUAAUCAAACACUUCCUGAUAUAAUCCAGUAAAACCCCCCCUACAGAGUGAGUGUCACCGUUGUUAGGUUUAUAGUCCUGUUGCUGCUGGCGCUAGAGCAACAUGCUAAUUUGUCUGUAACUAAUGUUGAGGAUUGAAGAUGUCCAAGACCGAGGCAUUUUAAUGACCCUCCUUAUCCGUAUACAGGUGAUGUCUUCCGUUUGCUGUCAGUACAGAUAGCUUCUUGGUGUGUUUCUAUGCAUAAUUUUAGAAGAGAAAAGAUGAUUGCUGUGGCUGUGAAAGGUCAUUGAAACAACUUUGAAAUCUCCUUUUUGGGGAGGAUUAAAGGUGUAGAGCUGACUGGAAAUAUGCAAAGACCUACCUGAUAUGUGAUUUUGAGCUGUUUUGUUGUACUUUUUGUUGUGUUCUCAGUGUUGUCUUUAUCUAAUUAUAACACCUUGUGAGUUGGUGUCAAGCAAACAACUCUUUCUACAGCCAAAUUGCUCAUUUAGCUUUCAGUUCAGCAGCUUAACACUGGGACAUUAUUGAUCUAAGCUGACUGUCACUGAAGAGUGCCAGUGGUUUCUAUACUUAGGACUGACAUACCAAGGCAGGAUGGUUGAGCUGCUCAUGCACAGCCAAGUGGAGCAGAGUGCAGGUCCAGAUAGACUGGAGAGCAGAUAUGCAGGAUAUGAUUUAUAUUUUGUACCCUUAUGGACCUGAACAACAUGAUUUAAUGUUUGCUUGAUGCAUUUUGUUCUUAUGUCCUCCAAAAUUAUUUGCAGCUCUCAUAAAUAUGUGUAAAAAAGUGUUUGGACUAGUUUUUUCUUUUAUUGUAUGUGAAAGUGAAACAACUGAGCACAUUUAUUCAUGCGGGGGGGAAUCCCAGUUAAAUCCUCUUAGGGUAAAUAUACUCUGAUACACUCCAAUGGGAUUCCCAGGGCUGCAACUCGCCCACAGCAUUACAGAUCCACCACCAUACCGAACAGCUAUGAGCUCCUUUCCUGCAUAGUCAUCCUUUAUUUCCCAACAAUCUCUGUUGUUUUUAUUUUUGCCAAAACUCUAGGUCCCAUCUGAACAAAGCACAAGGUUUCAGUAAAAUUCUAAGUGGGAAGCUUUUGAGCUCAUCUCCUGCGAGCUACUGGGAACCAGAAACUGCCAGUUGCAUUCAUGUCAAUUUCCGAUCCAACUCUGCAGCGGCAAACUUUGAUCAGCUUUGUGUCUGUAACCAUGGCGAUGUCUAAGCCAGUGAAUGGGGCUUAGACAACACGGUGACUACAGCCUGAAUGAAGGUUCAUUUCUAUCACUCAAGUGCCUCGCAGCAAUAGCUUCGUUUUUACUAUGACUGAGCUGAUUCUGCUAACCUAUGUCGUGAUUUUCACGUGGUUUUGAAGUGUUGAGUGUUUAAGAAACAGCAUCUGUUUGAAAGACCUUUUAAUAUCAGUGACUGAAUGUAUUAACUACUGUACAGGUCCAGAUUUACUAUGUGAAUUUUGUAAGACUAACUGCCUUGCAGAGUAUUUUUUGUCUGAGGUUUUAUUGUUCUGAUAUAAGAUUCCCAGUUCAUUCCAACACUUUAUGGGCUGAUAUUAAAGGACAGCUUCAUUUUAAAAUGACAUAUAAAAAAAUUGCAUUUAAUGUCUGCUAAAAUGUAAUAUAACAGAAAGACAAUCAGAAAAAUGCCAAAAAAGUUGGAAGUUUUGCUUGUUAAUCGGAUAAAAUUGGAUGACAACAGCUUUAAUAGAAAGAAAAGUAACUUUAAUUUCAAUAAAAAGGCUUCAGUUGUAUUCUGUGGCAGAUGAUAUUGUGGAGUUUACUUUGUUUGUAGCUGUUUUUUUAAACUCCUUGAUUUGUGCCAAUUGAAUGUAACAUAGCUACUAAAUGGCCUCAUCAUCUGUCUAAUCUAUCGUGAUGACGGUGUAUCUGUGGGAGGAUGUUCAAAUAUCAGAUUCUGCAAAUAAAACUGGAUGUUCAAGGUGCA